GAGUUAUUUGCGAAAAAGACUAUAUAGCCCUCUCUCUCUCUCUCUGCCAUUAUUUUGCAGAGUCUUAUCGAUCACUUUGUCUUCAUUCAUUCAUUUCCUUUGAUCGAACCACACCUUCCUCCACCAGUCACCACUACCACUCGCCGUCGCCGGAUUUCAUUACAAUCGGCAGAGAGAGAUGGGAGUGCUGGAUCAUAUCUCCGAUGUCUUUGACUGCUCUGUUGGCGACUCUAAGCACAAGAAACGCAAACAGUUGCAGACGGUGGAGGUGAAAGUGAAGAUGGAUUGCGAGGGAUGCGAGAGGAAAGUGAGGAGGUCGGUUGAAGGGAUGAAAGGGGUGACGUCUGUGAAGGUCGACCCGAAGCAGCACAAGCUCACGGUGACGGGGUACGUGGAGCCGGGGAAGGUGGUGGAGCGCGUGGCCCACAGGACGGGGAAGAAGGCGGAGAUUUGGCCGUACGUGCCUUACGACGUGGUGGCCCACCCUUACGCCCAAGGGGUGUACGACAAGAAAGCCCCUGCCGGGUACGUGCGCAGGGUGGAAGACAACCAUAACAACCCGCAAGCGUACCAGCUCUCGCGCGCCUCCUCCACCGAAGUCCGCUACACCACUGCCUUUAGUGACGAAAACACUUCUGCCUGUGUUGUCAUGUAGGUGAUUCCAUCUCAUGGCUGGAACCAAUCCAGGCUGUUUGUAUCUUCCUAUAUUCAAUCCAGUCCAUUCUGUUUCAGUGCAAAAAAGAUUUAUGUGUCAUACUGUGGUGAUUGUGUUACGCCCAUUUGAUUGUUGUGUUUAAUUAAUUGAGUGUGAAAAUUAAUUAAGGAUGUGUUU